GCGGCGGCGGCCGGUGCCGGUGCAUGUCCCGGUGGCCGUCCCGGUGCCGGUGCCCGCGGGCCAUGCGGCGGCCGUAGCCAUGCAGCGCGACGGGGAUGCGGCGGCGGCGGCCGCGGCCUCGUACCGGGUGCUCAGCCGGCUGCUGGGCUAUGGCCCCGGGCCGGAGGCGGGCGCGGCGGGCGGUGCCGGUGCCGGUGCCGGCGCGGCGGGCGCGGUGCCCGGCGCGGGCGGGCGGCUGUCGGUGCCCGGCGGGCCGCGGCCGCAGCUGAUGGUUUUCCGCAACGCGGCGGCCGAGGGGCGGCCCGGCGAGGACGGCGGCCCGGCGGCGGCGGCGGCGGCGGCGGCGGCGGCGGCGGUGUCGGGCUGGGGGGCGGCGCAGGGGGGGCUGGAGCUGCAGCUGGCGGCGCUGGGGCUGCGGCCGCCGCCGGGGCUGGGGGCGAAGGGGGCGGCGGCGGCGGCGGGACCCCCCUGCCCGUGCCUGGGGCCGCCCGCCGGGGAGGAGACGAGCGAUGCGCUGCUGGUGCUGGAGGCGCUGGAGCCCGACGAGGCGGGCAGCGGCUCCGAGGACGAGCCGGGGUCCCCCGGGCGCGGGGCCGCCCGCAGAGCAGCCCCCGGCCCCGCGCCGCAGCCCGCAGCCCCCGCGGGCACCGCCACCGGCCCCGGCGGCAGGAAGGGCUCGCUCAGGAUCCGCCUCAGCCGCCUCUUCCGCACCAAGAGCUGCAGCGGGGGCUCGGCCGCCGGGGAUGCCGCCAGCGCCGCCGCCACCUCGGCCGGGAGCCUCACCGACGUGUGCGGGGCCCGCGGACGGGAGCAGGAGACGGGCAGGAAACACAGACUGACAAGAACUCAAAGUGCCUUUUCCCCGGUUGUGUUCAGCCCCCUCUUCACAG